CUUGAAAGAAUUAAUUUCCCUCUUUCCCAAGUAAUUUCAUUUUCCUUCUCCAAUCCAAAGUCAGCAAACCCAUCUAGACCUCGGAGAAGUCAAAAAACUGCAGCCGCCAUUCCCCACCUCCUCUAUAUAUACAGCCCCCCACUCCCCAAAAUUUCUUAAAGUUCCCAAAUUCCCCAUUUACAUUUUUCAUUCCUUUCCCAAACUCCUUUCCUCUGCUUCAAUUCAAUUCCGAAUUCCGAUUCCGAUUCCGAUUCCGUCGAAAAUGGAAAGCGAAUUCUCGUUGCCAAACACUCUGAUGAAGGUGGCGAUGUUCUUGCUGGUUCAAGCCCUAGUCUACCUCAUCCUCACCAAGUCCUCCGAUAUCUUCUCCAAAACCAAAAAGAGGUCUUUCAGCUUCAAGUCCGCUCGCUCCGUCAGCAUGCGCCGGAUUCUAGCCGCCAUCUCCGACCUCCCCGCGGGCGGCGAGCCUUCGCCGACGUGUUCCCGGCCGGCGACCUCCCCGGAUCGCCUGGCCGCUGAUUGCAAUGAUUCCGAGCGCUAUCGUUAGAAAACAGAAAAAUAUUUUGUCGGAAUCGAUCGAUUGUGUGAUUCAGUGAAGUUGAUUCUUUUGUUGUUUAUGAAAUUUCUACGAUGAUUAUUGCUGCUGUUUUUGAGAUUGGAGGUGUGUGUAUAAGGAAAAUUUUAGUUUGAUGCAGAUAUGUAUGCGUAAUUGGAAAUUGAAAUCUUCUUCUUGUAAAAA